AAACAGUUUCCAAUCGAUUUGGCUUGUCGAAAAUAGGGUAUAUCCGUGUGCUGCGAUGUAGUAGUUUUCCACUACAGGCAGCGAGCGCGAUCUGUUGGAACUAGUUUCCGAGCCACUUCCGAGUUUUCAGGUGUAAUUCGACAUUCGUCGUUGAUUAGUUCGCAUCUACCUAACUGUAUACUCGCGAUUAGGGAUUCGUUUAUUUUCUGUAUCGUUUGUGUCUAGUGUUUAAUUAAUUGUGUUUGUAGCUGAUUAAUUAAUACACGUUAUUCUGUGCACGUCAUCGUGAAUUAUUAUCGAAGUAGUCAUCUACCACUGAAGCUUUCCAUAUCCAGAAAAGUAGAUUCUUCAGACCUACACAACGAGGAGUUCGAAUUGAUAUCGAGCUGCACCCAAGAAGUAAAAAUGGCUGAAAUAUUUCCUGAUGUGUAUGAUAUUGUUCAUCCGACUCCGGUAUCGCUGAAAGAAUUAGCAGCCAUGGCCGUUAGCCUCGAAAUAUGGCGCUGUGAAAUCAAUAAACAUCGAACGAGCGAUACAUUGAGAAAAUUUUGGCCAUCCUGCGAAUGUGCCUCACUGAAAACCAUACUUCCUGAUUUACCGUCAACGAUCGCUGAUAUGAUUGCGAAAUACGUCAGAAAACUCGCGCUCUCAAUGCAAAAUUGGCUGAACGUUCAUUACACUAAAGUGUUUCGUUUUCAUUAUAAUUCUAAAACCUACGUUUUAAAUAAGUUCGAUGAUUUCGUUUGCGACUACAAUGGCACCGUUCAUCGUGAGAGAACAGCCAAACGUAUGAUGGAUUCUGAUAGUUUGAGUCAGGCUGAGAAAUUCAAAAUCGCUUGCGCGUAUUUUUUCGAUGACCAUAUCACACGUAUUUGGCCAUCUGUCUGCGAAAAUAUGAAUUUGAGUGAUAUCAACUUUGACGAAAACCCAGAAUUAUAUUACUGGAUUAGCUGUUUUAGGAAUAAGUCACCAAGAAUACCAGGCUAUCCAUAUGGGUCUUUUGUCGAUGAAAGAAUGUUGAAAAAAUGUAUGACCAAUGGUAGACAAUCGCUGGAGUAUUUUUGGGAUCGCAUACCUCCUAGGAGUCGAAUGCAAACAGCUGUAGACUGUUUUCAUACUAGCACACAGUCUUUUGUGAGGUUUAUUUUACCAAUACUAGACGAAGUACAGCUGGAUGAAUUUGUUAAUGAGAAUGGCGUUGAAUUGAUGCAUGCCCUGUUGCUAGAUUCUAGUCACGAUGAAACAUUUGUUUUAUCAACUUGGAUAUACAUCAGAAACAUUAUGAACUUGAGUAAAAUUACAGAUCUGGUCGUUAAAAUGUUACAAACAGAAGGUAAGGGUUUGGUAGAUCCCAGUAUUGGGGGUCGCAAACUAAAAAAUUGGCUCUAUUUGUGUUCUGAAAUAGUGAAUACUCUUCCACUCGAUUUAAAACUAACGAUAAUUAGAACUAUUUUAUCCAACAAUAAUAACAAUGUGUUGGUUGAAAGUAGAGAUGCUGGUUCUGGAUCGUGGAGAACCAUUGAAGUCCUAUUAUAUAUUCUUUCGUGUGUCCCUGUUGAGGAAAGGAACGUAUUUUGGGCAUAAAUACUGGCAUCUUAUAAUUCCGCGCACACGUUGUAAAGAUUUGAAAAGAAUUGUGGACAUGUGUUUUGAAAAUGAAGAUGAGAUUGUGGAAUUCAAAGAAAACAUGAUGACCGGAAAUGAAAGUGUUCGUCGUGUCUGUGUCUCAUUAUGGAAUCGGUGUUUUUUCGACGAGUUGAACGAAUUUGUGAAUUUUUGUUACCCCGAUACAGAAAAAGCUCGUCGUUUCAAACAGCGACUACUUCAAUCAGGUUUUUUUGGUGAAAACUGUUGUUUUAAUAUCAAAUUUCUCUAUGUAUCUAAAGAAUUUAAUGAAUUCAUCGACGAUGCUCAUGAAAAUGCUGAUCUAUCGACUAUGUCGUCGCCCAUAGUUCAAUUUCGUUUAUCGCAAUACGCUUGUGAAAAAGUUCACAAAGAGCUGAUAGAAUUUAUUGACAUGUUUGUUCCUACGGAACAAAGUACACUAAUGCAGCGGAUAAAAACCCGUAUGAUUAAUGCUGUGAAAGGAAAAUUGAUUGCCAACACUGGCAGCAGGGAUAAGAGGAAUUUAUGUAGCUGGUUUAACGAAUCUUCUUUCAAAAGGUUUUUGUUAUGGUGUUUGGGAAGUGAAUAUAAGGUUGAAAAAUUCCAGCUGGAGUGUUUUUCAGAGUUUGAGCGGAGGCGCUUUGACAGGAGGUCACGGAAGUUUUUUAAUUUUAUUGUUUUUAAAAUUUAUGAUGAAUUUGUUUUUUGAUGAAUUAAUGAUUACUCGUUGCUUAUUUUUCAUGAUAGUAUAUUGUAUACCUAAUUACCUAAGUAUCUCAUUGAUUUUUUUUGUAAUAAAAAUUAAUGCGGCAAUUUUAA